ACUCACAGCAGCUUCCGUUCGCCGGCUCUGCACAAACAACAACAUAGCAGAAAAGCUAAACGCCGUACUGUGUUAUCAUUCUGAAGUUUGGCUCGUAAUUGUGAACACUUUGGAGUUUUUCAUACGGAACUUUUCAGCAGACAAACAAGAUAGCGGCAGUUUCGCCUACCAGCCAGUGUUACAGGCAUUAUUUAUCAACGGAGAUACUUUAGCGAGGCCUUAGACGACGGUGACCACGACCAUAAGGCCCACUGACCUGAAGCCAAGCUGAGCUAAAUCACUGAAUUGCUGGUUGCACUUUAUGAAAAUGAGAGGUUCUUACGGAGACAGAGAUCGAGACCGUGGGCGUGACAGGGGGUAAGUAAUUACAUGACGACAUAUUUAUGUCAACAGCACUAUGGGUGGUGAAAAAACAUGCAUGCAAGAUAUUAUUAGCACCAGACAUUGGCAGGGGCGGGGCUGGACUUGUUAGAUUGGGCCCACCUGGGGCACCAAUGGAAUAAGGGGGGGACAUUAAAACUGUGUGGCAAACACAAAUGACAAGCAAGUCUUAACUAACCAUAUGCAUUUUUCUAUCAAGAUUUAAACACUGUAUCAUUCAGUACCUCUACAUGUUGUUAUAAAAAGAAGUAGUGCAUAUAGAGUUUAGCAGCGCUGACAUCAGCACAGGGGGUGUGGUGCGUAAUGUGCCAGCACGGCCAUUUUGACAGACAUAACAACACUAAGCGCAUUGGAAUGAAUGAAAUUAGGAUGAAGUUCGGUUUUCAAAACCACCAAUUUAUUAGCGGACCACACAGUAAUGGAGAACGGGGACGGCACUCGAAAUCAUCUUCUGACCAUACAGUGUGUUUAUAUGGGUCGAGUCCAGCAACAUCUGCAAUUUUGCUUAAGUAACUCUCUCUUUUUUCAUUGUUCAGCUUGUCCCUGUACGGCAUGUUGAGUCCAAGUUUGGCUCUCUCCGUUCUGUUCUCCAUUACUGUGUAGUCAGCUAAUAAAAAGUUGGUUUUUAAAACCUAACAUCAUCCUGAUUUAAUUCAUUCCAAUGCGCUCAGUGUUGUUAUGUCUGUCAAAAUGGCCGCACUGGCACGUUAGGCACCAUGCCCCCCGUGCUGACAUCGGGGCUGCUACACUGUAAUUUGACAUUUAAAGUACUUGUUAACGCAUUACUCUUAACAGAGCUUGUACUAAAUCAAUCUUCCACAGUCAACUAAUAUACUUAGAUAAUGCAGUUGAGGGUCAAUUUUCCCUGUCAUCAAUCAAACUGAAACUGGUCUAAGGGUUCUGCUCAUGCCUCGGUGUUCGCAUGCUGGGUUUUGAGCUGGAAGUUGAGUCCCAUGGAUGAGUUGCUUCGAAGCCGGGAAGCAAACAAAACUUAGACAGACGAAGAAAGGGUGAAAAAAAGCCAAACUUUCCUGUCACACAAACAAACAGUACAGAACUGUAAAAGUUAUAGUGUAUUGAUUGUUAAAUGUACAUUAGCCUCUUGCUAACCGAGUUUUCCGACAGUUUUUACACUUUAUACAACAACGGAACAGCAGGGUAUGAGGGGGACAGUUUGGAUGAAUAUAUUAUGUUUGUCAUUAAUGAGCUUUAUGAGUUUUGUCCAAGGAGAUGGUUUAAUAAACUGUUUGUCUUAUUUUGAAGAAGCCCUCGUUUUGGCUCGAGCAGGAGUGGGCCACCGCCAAGUCGAAAGUUUGGAAAUCCAGGGGACCGUUUACGAAAGAAGAGAUGGAACCUUGAUGAGCUUCCCAAAUUUGAGAAGAACUUUUACACAGAACAUCCUGAAAUGCAGAGAAUGAGCCAGGUAGAUGAAUAACUGUCUUCAUUUACUGAUACAUGUAACAUAAGUAAAUCCUUGAGCAUUAGGUAAGAGACCCCAUUUAAAAAACUACCAGGUGUUUGGUCUAUGCGGUUUGACACACUCUGUUUAUGUUUUGUACCCUCAGUAUGAUGUUGAUGAGUACCGCAGGAAAAAAGAAAUCACUAUUCGAGGCUCAGGCUGCCCGAGGCCCAUCAUCAACUUCCAUCAGGCACAGUUUCCUCGUAAGUUCACGCACACAUACAGCACUACACAGCGUCAGAAAAUUAACAUCCACUUUUAUGGAAGUACUUAUAAUGUUAUUUUUCUGUCCCUCUAUAUAGAGUAUGUAAUGGACGUACUGAUGCAGCAAAAUUUCAAGGAGCCAACAGCCAUUCAGGCUCAAGGUUUUCCUCUGGCCCUCAGUGGAAGAGACAUGGUGGGCAUUGCUCAGACUGGCUCAGGGAAGACUCUGUCGGUGAGGCACAUACUUCCUCUGCUUCUGUCCAUGAUAUACAUGUUAUACACCGCACCACAACCCACUGUCUUUCCUCCUUUUCUCUUCAGUAUCUCCUCCCUGCUAUUGUGCACAUCAAUCACCAGCCUUACCUGGAGCGUGGAGAUGGACCCAUCGUAUGUGAUAUUCAGUUUUCUGCCAAAGAAAUCACAGUUUCGUACUGAUAUUGUAAACCAUGAUAACACCGUUGUAGAAUGUCUGAUACACUAAACAGUUGUCUGCUGUGGCUUCUUAUGUUUGCUCUGCAGUGUUUGGUUCUAGCCCCAACAAGAGAACUGGCGCAGCAGGUCCAGCAGGUGGCGUAUGACUAUGGAAAGUCAUCCCGAAUCAAAAGCACCUGUGUGUAUGGAGGAGCUCCAAAGGGUCCUCAGAUCAGAGACUUGGAACGAGGUGGAGUACUUUCUAUUUUGGAUGAAAAUCUUAAGUUUCACAUCAGUAACUUCUGUAUAACUAUUCUAAUAAGCUAAAUGUUUUUCCCAGUCUUACUCACAAUAGAUCUGUAUGUAAAAAAAAAAAACACAGUUUGAACCAGUUUUGUACCACAUUGUGAUGCUUUCCCUUACAAAAAAAACCAAAACUCUUAAUAUGGAGAUGACAACAUGUGAAAAGAAGGACUCCAUUCAAGUUUUAUAUCCCUAUCCCACAGGCUUUACAGUUUUCACAACUAAACAGAAUAAUGAAAACAAAAUAGACCGGAGACACAUGCCAAGCCUUUUCCCAAAUUAAAAAGAAAACUUAGCUGAAGAAAAGCUUGAAAAUAGGACAACUGAGAGUCUCCAGCUGAAACAAACACUACAUAACACAAAAUCAAAACUCAACAAUUGACAACAGGGAAAAAAAGAAGGACAAGGAGACCUGUCUGAGGAAAAAAACAUGUGAAGUCAAGCAGAGCGCUCCUAACGACAUGGUACUUAAAGAGUGAGGGAGGCAAAUAGGGCUUUACAGAGCAGGGGCCGAGUGCACCAGCUGGGCUCAGACCAACAUGGUCUUAUCUCUCACGCCUGAUUCAACCAUGACAUUAGUCAUAGCUACACCCCGUCUUAUCAUGCAUGUUCACAUGAACACUCAUAGCAUGAUGAGUAACACCCUUCUAUCUGCUGUCUCCACCAAUCAAAUAUCAGGAUAACAUGACUCAAAUGAAAAAAAAUACAAAUAGUGAAUAAUAAAUUGUGAGUUGUCUGGUUCUGUGACUGUUACUUUCUCUGUUUAUAUGAGCUUGAAUAGGACAACUGUCCUGACUUCAGAGUCAUGCCUGUGCCCCUCUAAGCAUUAAAGUCACUCCUGCGUGUUAGACAACCAGGGCUAUUGUAAUACAGGUGAAGAGUGUAACCUCCAGUCAGUUAAAGCUUUAGGUCUUCAUUGGGUUUAAGGUAACACAGUAACACAAACUGAAACUUACCCAGAUUGUCUUUUCUAGGUGUUGAGAUCUGCAUUGCGACUCCGGGUCGUUUGAUUGACUUUCUAGAAGCCGGUAAGACCAACCUGCGGCGCUGCACGUACUUGGUUCUGGAUGAGGCAGACCGCAUGUUGGACAUGGGUUUUGAACCACAGAUUCGCAAGAUUGUGGACCAGAUCAGGGUAAGGCUGAAGCACUUUUAUUUUCUUUUUCCAUCAGUGUCUCAUAAGCUAUUUUGUCUUUAAAAAUAAUCCUGCUGUGAUGUUUGUGUGAUGUGAAGCAGCCAUCUUAGUACCUGUCAGGCAGUUUGUUGAUUAUUUUUCGUGCUCUUUGUCCAGCCUGACAGACAGACCCUGAUGUGGAGUGCUACCUGGCCCAAAGAAGUCCGCCAGCUGGCAGAGGACUUCUUGAAAGAUUAUGUCCAGAUCAAUGUUGGAGCACUCGAACUCAGUGCCAACCACAACAUCCUCCAGAUAGUUGAUGUCUGUAUGGAGAGUGAAAAGGACAACAAGUACGAUCUUUCUGUUCUUGUUGUGUUUUGUUAGAGCCCGUUUUCCUCUAAUCUCUGAAGAAAACAUUGAAAAUAGCAUCUAUACAUUAUGUAUUUGUUUUCUUCACCCAGGUUGUUCCAGCUGAUGGAGGAGAUUAUGGCGGAGAAAGAGAACAAAACCAUCAUAUUUGUAGAGACAAAGAAACGAUGUGAUGAUCUCACACGCAGGAUGAGACGUGACGGGUGAGUAAAGUAGAGACACCAUAAGUUGUUGAUCUGUACCAGAGAGGAGUCCAAUAAGUGAGUUUGAGUUUGUUCUUAUCCUUCAGUAACUUCUUACUUAAAGGGAUAUUCUGGCGUAAAAUUAAUUUAGGGCCAAACACACCGUAACACCGAGUUAGACACCCCCUUAAGAAAUGAAUGUUGCUGACUGCUUGCUUCUCUAGUUAUACCAACUUUAGUGAUAACUGCAGAUAGCAAUACACAGCAGUCCGAGGAGCCAAAAACAAACCUCAACCAAAACGCCACUCUAUAGCCACAAAUAAUGCUCAGAACAGCACCUAACUUCAUCAACAGUACAUGUAGGGUCUCAGCCAUAGUACUAGCCACCAAACAUCUUUUUAGCUUUGCUUGAUUUCUUUAGCAAAGAGACUAAACACAACUCACCCACUCUCUUCCAGCAGCCGCUUGUUUGUACAGAGACCCCAGGCGAGUCCAUUACAGACUGCAGCGGGACGGUGCAGCUCAAGGAAAAACAUUUAUGAUCAUUUCUUCAUGGGAAUGCAAUCAGACUGAGAUGCUAAGGCAGAAGAACUACUGCCUCUGCAGCGCAAAAUGAUUAAUAUGGUGAUUAUUACUUCAAGGAAAUGAUAAAGUAAUGGUCAUAAAUGUUCUUCCUUGAGCUGCGCCACCCCGCAGCAGUCCGUAAUGGACUGGACCGAGGUCUCCGUACAAACAAGCAGCUGCUGGAAGAGAGACGGUCAGUUGUGUUUAGUCUCUUUGCGAAAGAAAUCAGGCAAAGCUAAAAAGAUGUUUGGUGACUAGUACUAUGUCUUGGACCCUAUAUGUACUGUUGAUGAAGUUAGGUGCUGUUCUGAGCAUUAUUUGUAGCUAUGGAAUGGCUUCUUGGUUGAGCGCGUGGCUCUCUGUAUUGCUAUCCUGCGGUCGUUACUAAAGUUGGUAUAACUAGAGAAGCAAGCGGUCGGCAAAAUUCAUCUCUCGAGGCGAUGUCUAACUCUGUGUUACGGUGUGUUUGACCCUAAAUUAAUUUUACGCUGGAAUAUCCCUUUCAUUCAUCAUUAAAACCCCUGGUACAGAUGUGUUAGUUUUUUGUCAUCAAGAAGAAAAAUGAUUAAUAUGACGUCCCCUGUAGAUACAACUAGGUGUUGAUGUGAUAGCUCAUAUGAAAUACUUGCCUCUCUUUCAGGUGGCCAGCAAUGUGCAUCCAUGGAGACAAGAGCCAGCCAGAGAGAGACUGGGUGUUAUCUGGUACAGCGUCACACUUUCAGUUCAUGGUGUUUUGUUUAGAAAUUGCUCCCCUCAGUUUUAUACUUUGAGAAGUCCGCUCUUCAUCAUGUCUUCUUUUCUGUCGCAGAGUUUCGCAGCGGCAAAGCUCCCAUCCUCAUAGCUACCGACGUGGCCUCACGUGGUUUGGGUAUGUUCAGUGUGCUCAAAGUGCCAAAAAACCUUUACGCUUACAUAUCAACUGUAUCAAGAUAUUUGUGUACCAUAACAUAUGAUACACAAAGUACAAGAGUAAUGACAGCAAGAACAGCCUCAUUCUUAGUAUACAUAUUUAAUAUUAAUGUCAAAACAGGACAUGUAAACAUUUAUUUUUCAUUCAAAGGACAUAUAAUGACAUUUGAUGCUCUUUGAGCUUUCCAAUACCAAAGAAGACUCUAAAUGUGAGACUGAAAUGUUGAAAUGAGUGUGUAGAUGUAAGGGGUAAGGCUAGAGAAGCUGCCCCUUACAGGAUGGCUAUCAACCUUUAACCUAAUUCUGUGUUCAUUUGUUUUCUUUUCAUUUUGUUUUUGUUUGUUGUUUCCAAGUCUCUCCUCCGGCAACUAGAAGCACACAGGCCCUCGGGAGCCUGCAGCCGGACCUAGGCAUGACAAAUCGAAAGCUGACUUGGGGAGAGAAUCGGCCUGAUUAAUCAGUCCCACACAGCCACCUCUGCUGAAAACCUAGAAACAGAGCCCACAAACUAAACGGUCCCCCCCUUCCAGGACACUGGCUGCCUGGCCAACAGGAGGAGGGGGGGGACGCAAGCGCGGGGUGCUGCUGGGCUUCCAAAUUUGAACCUUGGGUCGGGGGCGGCUGUCAGGAGAGAGGGCGAAGAGGGGGGUACUGAGGAGGGUGCGCUCCCCUCAGCCAUGCCAUCAUCACAGUGAUGCACCACCAUUUGCAGAUUAAAUUUCUUCAGAAACUUUUGAGCCAAACUUUAAUACCUCAAUAUUAAUUCUUAGGAGAUGUGGAAUGAGAAAUCGUUCCUCCAGGAGAUACACUUCCACCCCAACAACAAACUUAAAUCAGCAAAAUUUCAAAAUUAGUCAGACAGAUUUUGAUAGAUGAACCUGAAGGAGGCUGAGGUUCAGUGGUGCGUCACAAGAAGACAGACAAAGACAUCUUCCAAGAAGUGAGGGUCCAAAGCCGGGCAUGCUGGAGACUCCCCUCUGAACGUCCUCCCGAUACCAGCCCCUGAAACCCCCCACCACUGGCUGUGCCGGCCGGCCUCUCCCUCUGCGGACGUCAUGUCUGGUCCUGGCUGGCAGGAGUCCUGGCCUGGAGGAGCCACCUCUCUAUAAUCAAUUUCCCCUCCUUUCUCUCCUCUUUCCUGUCCUCUCUGUCACUCACUUUUUCUGCCUCUCUAACAUCAUCUUUUUUUCCUGAUUUCCCUCUUUUGCUCAUUCCUCGUAUGUCCCUCUCUCUUCUCUUUAUCCUCUGCCUUUCAAACUCUUCUCUUUGUGUCCUGUUUGCUUUGUUGAAUUAUUUCUGACCUCUGUCCUUGUGUCCCUUAUCCCCAAAUCCUCUGUCCGUCCUGCUUUUAACUCCUCUUUGUUUUUAACACUCAGACCGUUUCGUUUUUGUUUACAUCAUAACUGGCGACCCAUCAGAGCUGUGAAUACCUCAGAGGCUCUUGAUGACUUUCUAAAUCCCUCCUCAAGGACCAGCACAAACUAAGAGGAUUCAGAUUCCCUGGCAGAGUCUUAGGUCCCUCUUCCAAAAACCCCACGUCUUCUCCUUUGUGUCUGUUUCUUGUUACUCUACUUAAAAACUGGGCUUAAAUGCAGCAUAUUACUGCUGUGGGGAGUGACCUGAGAGGCAUGUUGGACAAGCCACUAAUCUAAGAUCAUCAACAGCAAAGAAAAUCCUCCCUCUGCUAAGUCAUUUCCACCUACGCACAUAAGAAAUGUUAGUGAGCCCCUCUCACAAAAUGAAAAAGCAAAUAUAAGACCAGAGCAGGACUGGUUCCCGACAGCUUCCAGCUUUGGGAGUGUUGUGGAGGAGUGGUGAGGUGGGAGGAGGGACUGGUUUGGUUCUAUGCACUCACCUCCCACCCCUGCAGACCUCCCAGGACUGGUGAAGGGCAGGGGGACAGAGGCAUAACUUUGUAAGUCUCUGGGAUAGGGUAAGUACUCUACCUCACCCCCUCCUCUCCCAUUUUCUGCUGCACCAGCGUUUAUCAUGAUGCUUCCAAAACAUUGCUUAUUUUUCCUCUAAUCAGCAGUUUUCACUGAGCCCUGUGACACUGUAAUGAGAAACAGACCUUUGAUUUGAACUUUUUUUCUUUCAAGAAACUUUUUAAUUUGAUUCGUUUCUCAAAACAAUUGAUCACCAGUCCCUGAAGACCGCUAAACCUUUUCCCCCUGUAAGGAUUCAUUUCGGGGCCCGAGGCCUCUCAUUGAAUUUCCAAUCUCAAAUGAUCCUCGCUAUAAUCAAAAUUAUGAACAAAAAAUGACCUUUUUCUUGCUGUAUUAAUUUUGCUUUUGCUGUAUGAAACUUAUUUUAUUGAAUUACAACCCUGAGUAAAAUACUGAUUAAAACAGAUACUGAUGGUUUGCAAAACUUUUAACUCUAUUUUAAACUGAAAAAAGCUGAGAAGACCUUAUAUGAAAAGUUGAAACUGAUACAUUUUUUAUUUUAUAAAAAAGAAAAGUUAAUUUAAAAUGUAAAGCCAGUGACUGUGUUGCCUGGCAACACUUCGAACGGUCAGAACAGGGGCAUGUUUGCAGAUGUAUUCAGAGUGAAGAGGUGAUAAAGUCUGUACAUGUUUGAAAUUGUUCUGAAAUUGCUAGUGAUUCUGUAUUAUCUUUAUACAUGGUUCCCUCUUUGCGUGGUACAGUUUUAGGAAGUGGUUUCGAGCUCGUAGUGAUUGCCACUACAGAGUCGUGUCUGUUUUUUGCGUUGCUACCUCUGGGGGCCAAAAGAUCAUGGCCAUCCAGAAACAAUACAGAGAUUUCUCCAAAUUCUCUGAACUCUUAAAUCCCUGAAAUGCCCUUUUCAUACCCAUUAAACAACCUUUUUAAAGUGUUUUAUUGCCCUUGUCUUAACCUUUUUUUUUUUAUAUGUUGCUGGCUAAAUUUGAAAAGAACUUUUUUUCCUAAACUAAUUGAAAUUUUCAGUUUCCACUUUGUCAUGUCGUGUUUUCACUAUUUUGUGCUUCAAAUUGUUUGCAAUCCAUCAGAAUCAGUUUUAAACAGUAUUUUUUAAAAAUCGUUUUUAAACAUUAGGGUUGUUCAGCAAAAUAUAAAUGAGCCCUCUAAUGUUAUUGGCAUGGUAAGUAAGCUCAAUUUCUUAAGUGUGUGACUCAAAGAUUAUGACUGAACAGGUAAGUGGUGCUUUCAGGUGAUGGUGGGUGUCUUGCAGGUAUUGUCUGUCUAAAUGUUCCCACAUCCAAAAGACUCAAAAUUCAUGAAUGGAGUCAUUUCUCAUCCACUGUCAGUUUUUGAAACUUCUGUCUUUGUCUUUUCCAUCCCCGUGGACGAUCUCACCACACCACAUCUCAACACCACUACUGUCUCCAGAUGUGGAGGAUGUGAAGUUUGUCAUCAAUUAUGAUUACCCAAACUCAUCAGAGGACUACAUCCAUCGCAUUGGCCGCACGGCUCGCAGCACAAACAAAGGGACCGCCUACACCUUCUUCACUCCUGGGAACCUCCGCCAGGCCCGUGAGCUGAUCCGGGUGUUGGAGGAGGCCAGACAGGCCAUCAAUCCCAAACUGCUGCAGCUGGUUGAUAACGGACGUGGAGGAGGCGGUGGAGGUGAGAGUCUGUCCUAAUAUCUCUUGGACUAAAAGUGGAUGUGACAGCUUGACGUAGAAUUAAAUUGACCUGAUCAUCUGGGGGAGCAAAGAGCUUCACCCGCUUAACAAACGUGGUUGUUUGGCAGACCAGUCCCAUCUUCAUUUAUUACCUUUCUGUUCUUUCUCUCUUUGUCCUCUAAACUAAAGGCGGUCGUCCCCGUUUCCGCGGCACCUCAAACUCUAACAACCCCAACCUGAUGUACCAGGAUGAGUGUGACAGGCGAAUGCGCUCCACAGGUGGGAGCAGCGGCACCAAAGACAGCCGAGGUAGCAGCAGCUACAGCCGCGACGGCAGAGAUAGCCGCGGAGGAAGCAGCCGAAACGGGGACCGCUCCUCCUCAUCGUCCUCUUCUUACAGGGAUCGAAGCAGCAACAGCAGCAGAGAUGGGGGGCGGGACUACAGCUCCGGCUCCAACUCCAGCUCAUACAAUCAGUACCAGAAUAACAAUGGCAGCAGUCAGUACACCAGCUCCAGGAGCGGCUCUGGGGCGCAAAGCGGUGGGGUUGGGCAGGCUCCUCCUCCUCCAUCAGGACCCCAACCUCUGAUGGCCCAGCAGUUCAACCCUCCACAGCCCAUGAUAGGUCUGAUGGGACACUCACCAUUCCAGUUUGCAUCUCCUCCUCCACCGCUUGCAUCAGGCAGAAAGUAAAGUGGUAUGUGCGUUAGUUAGAACAGUAGAGCACACUCUAUACCCAGUCAGAGAAGUGAAGAAUAAAGUGUGUAAUGAAGUGAGACCUGGAUUUGUGCUUUGGCUCCAUCCUCUCCACAUCUACACGCUGAUUACGUAGUACGAGCUUGUUUGGUUGCUCUAGGAAUUGGCUCACUAAGUGGCCUGUCCUUUUUGAUUUAGACUUCCUUUAAAGUCAGAUUUCUCUGUACGAGUUCUUCUUCAGUUUGACAGAAUCUUGUCAGUUUUUUGGCAGAGCUUGCCAUGAAAAUAUUUUCUUUAACUAACAGGCCAGUUCUUGCAUUUUGAUCUGCUUUAUGUGAUUUAUAAAGUAACCGCUUUCUCCUUUAGGUAUAUCUAAGGUAGGUGCUAAAGUUUAUAACUGUGUGUUUGCUUAUUACGAUUACAAGGUCAAUAUGUUUAUUUUUGCAUUUAAAACUUUGUACAGCACAAGAUUAGUGUCUUAAAAUGCAUCGUUCUGGUUUAUUUUAAACAAAUCAAAGUUACUCUGUAGAGAUCUUUUGUUGUUCUUAGAACAUAAUUAUCCGUUUCACUAUAAAGACACUGAUAUUGGCCUUACAGGCGAAACUCAGCAUUUGUUAAGCCUCAGCAGCUGAAAAGUCACAAACACAUAAAACAGUUUUCUUCCACGAGUUUGUGUUUAUUGACCGAUCUGUUUUUGGAUUUUCCCAGCAGAAUGUGGCUUCCUUUUUACAGUUUGUUUAAUAAAGGCUCAAAGCAUAACUGUGU